GACCGCUGGGCUAUAGCCCUCCCGACGCCUUCAAGGUGACCAUUCCGGUGCAGAACAACUACAUGUACGCUCGCAUGAAGAAGAGCUUGCCGGAGCUCUACGCCUUCACCAUCUGCAUGUGGCUGAAGUCCAAGGCCCUGGCAGGGCUCGGCACCCCUUUCUCCUACUCUGUCCCAAGCCAAGCUAAUGAGAUCGUCCUGCUGGAGUGGGGCACCAACCCCCUGGAGCUGCUCAUCAAUGACAAGGUCGCCCAGCUGCCGCUGAGCCUGAAGGACAAGGCCUGGCACCACGUCUGCGUGGCGUGGACCACCCGGGACGGCAAGUGGUCGGCGUACCAGGACGGCGAACAGCGGGGUGCCGGCGAGAACCUGGCCUCCUGGCACGCCAUCAAGCCCCAGGGCGUCAUCAUCCUGGGCCAGGAGCAG